AUGUCAGAAGAAGCAAUUAUGUCUAUUAAUGCUCAGGCAAUUAAAAUUGAACCACCAGAAUAUUCAGUGGAAGAGAUUAAAAGCGAAAUUGAGGAUGAAAAUGGUGUUUUUGACGCUAUUAUCAAAUCUGAAUCGUGUACUGAGGAUGAUGAAACGUGUUUAGAAAGAUUCAAGAAUUCCGAAGUGUCUAUAAAAGAAGAAGUCAAACAGGAGGUAAUCGAAAUAUCCCCUUAUGACUGUGACAUUUGUAAUCAAUCUUUUGCAGAAUCACACCUUUUAAAAGAGCAUAUGGUCGAUCACAUGCCUAAUCCUAGCCCUGAAAAACAACCCUUUCUAUGCAAUGAAUGCGAUAAGACAUUCACACAAUUAAGUAAUCUAAAAAAACACAUGCUGAUUCAUUGCGAAGAGCGUCGUUAUAAAUGUGAAAUAUGCAAUAAGACAUUCAAAGAAUCAAGUUCUCUGAAUAAACACAUGAUGAUUCACAAUGGAGUUCGUCCUCAUGAAUGCAAUUUAUGCCAGAAGACAUUCACACAAUCUAGUAAUCUGAAACGUCACAUGAUUAUGCAUAGUGGUGUGCGCUCCCAUAAAUGCAACAUAUGCAAUAAAGCAUUCACAGAACUGCAUAGUCUGAAACGACACAUUCUUACGCACAGUGGAAUUCGUCACCAUGAAUGUGAAAUUUGUAAUAAGACAUUCACAGAAUCAAGUAGUUUGAAAAAGCACAUUCUGACACACAAAGGAGUACAUCCCUAUGAAUGCGAAAUUUGUAAUAAGACAUUUACACAAUCAGGUAGUCUGAAAAAACACAUGCUGUUGCACAAUGGAGACCGCCCUUAUGAAUGCAAUAUAUGCAAUAAGGCAUUCACACUAUCAACUACUCUAAACAGGCACAUGGUGAUACACAAUGAUGUACGUCCCUAUGAAUGCAAUAUUUGUAAUAAAACAUUUACACAAUCAAGUCAUCUGAACAGUCAUAUGGUGAUGCAUACUGCAGAACAUUCUCUUGAAUGCAAUAUAUGCAAUAAGACAUUUACAGAAAUAAGUGGUCUGAAACGACACAUGCUGACACACAAUGGAGAUCGCCCACAUAAAUGCAAUAUUUGUAACAAGACAUUCACACAAUCAAGUAGUCUGAAAAAACACAUGUUGAUGCAUAAUGGAGUACGCCCCUAUGAAUGCAAUGAAUGCAAUAAGACAUUUACAGAUUCAGCUACUCUAAAAAGACACAUGCUGGUGCACAAUGGAGUCCGUCCUUAUGAAUGCAACAUUUGUAGUAAGACAUUUACACAACCAGGUCAUCUAAGUGGUCACAUGCUGACUCACAAUGGAGUACGCCCUCAUGAAUGCGAUAUAUGCAAGAAAACAUUCACACAAUUAAGUAAUCUAAAGAGACAUAUGGUUAUUCAUAGUCGUGUGGGCCAACAAUUUGAAGGAACACAAGCCACUUCAUAG